AUGAAUGAUUAUUAUCCUUCAAAUGGGUAUUAUACAGGAUCUGGACAAAAUUGGAUUGAUCGCUUCAUUAUUCCUUGUAAUCAGGCUGAAGGAGAUGAAUUUAUUCAAAUCGUUGGCGUUAAUGAAAAUGAAAAAUCAGGUGCAGCAAUUAUUCGUCCACAUUCUAAAUAUAAAGGAAACAUUGUAAUUUCAACAACACAUGUACAUCCAAAUACUCACAACUAUGAUAGUACAAAUGAACAGGCUCGAUCAGUUCCAAUGCAGCACUUCUUAUCUUAUCAUGCUGGUGUUGAGAAAGUUUUCUGGUACGAAUUCCAAAAUAUAGCAAUUGAAUCUGAUAAGAAAUCAAAUCUGAAUCCAGAACACUUUUCCGGAAUAGUAGAACCUGGACAGAUACCAAAGAAAGCAUUUUUAGCACAUAAGGCAAUGGUAAGAGCGAUGCCUCCAACUUCUGUCAUGGAUAGUGAUCUCAAUUUCUCUCAGAAUGAAGAGUGGGGUAUUUUCCAUUGGAAGCGAAAUGAUGGAUUGGAUGGUUGGUGUUUGUGGUCAUUUGAUGAACUACCAAAGUACAUCUAUUUUGAAGGUGAGAUACAUGAUUCAUUUGAUUUAGUUGGAGAUUCAUUGAAUUUAAACUAUGGUUCUUCACUCACAUUGACAUGGGAUCCUAUCUAUAUUAUAGGUCCCACAAAAGUGAAUGUUAGUGACAUUCCACCUCCUUCUAGAACUCCAUAUCCUUCACCUUCUGAUAACACAUCAAAUACUAUAAAUCCAACUAUAUUUCUGAUGAAAAUUCUGAGAGAAAAGAUAACAAAGGACAUACUAAGGUAA